AUGGUCGCAAUCACGCCUCAGACGUACACGUACAAGACGUUUGUCAACACUGACGGCGAACACACGCCCAUCCCCGUCGAUGUCUACGUUCCCGAGACCGCCAGCGAGACCAAACUGACACCCGUUGUCUGGGUCCAUACCGGUGGCUUCUUGCAAGGCACGCGAAAAUUUGUGCCGCCACACUUCCUACGAGCACUUGCAAGGCACAAUCUGGCCCUCAUUGCGCCUGAUUUUCGUCUCUGCCCUCAAGUGUCGAUCUUUGAGGUGCUCGAGGAUGUGACCGACAGCAUCCGAUGGACGCUCGACCCUGAAGCGCGCGCUGCUUCUGGCUUCAAGUCGGACCAGGUUGCUUCUGACAAGUACAUCCUUGGUGGCUCGAGCGCCGGUGGAUGGCCCGCACUGCUGCUCGGCCUUGGACUGCACGAUCAGGCGAAACGCAUCCCUCGCCCACCCAGCACCAUCUUUGCCGUCUAUGCCAUCACCACCGUCACACCGAGCUUGGCGCCGUUCUUCUACGAGCCACAGAAGCCUCUGUCGUGGGCUGUCGAUGGAAAGCUGAUCGAGAAGCAGCCACUGGAACAGGAGGGCCACCUGCACAAAUGCCUCGAUGCCCAUCACCAGCUUAUCGAGGACUCCUCUGUCAAGAUCCGCACCGAGGCGCCUCCUGCCAGCAACCCCGUUCGUGCUGCGCUGUACAACUUUGCGAGACAGGAAGGCAACUAUCCAAGCCUCAUCCUCCAAGAUCCCUCCGAAAGCUCGCAGGUGUGCACGCCCUCGCUGAUCAAGUCCACACUCAAGGGAGCGAGAGUGCCGGUGCUGAUUGCAUGGGGCGACUCGGAUCCCAAGGUGCCUCAUUGGCAGUCGCUGCACGUUGCAGAAGCGCUCAUAUCGAUCGGCUACGACGAUGAGUCGCUGCACAUUAUCCAAGAGAAGGGCGCCGACCAUCUGUUCGAUAUGGAGCCAGAGAAGGAGAUUGACGGUAUGUGGAAGUGGCUGGCCGAGCAGCUUUGA